CUCCUUAGAUAUUUUUCUCGCUCUCCAAACUAAAAAAGAAAAAACAAAAAAAUCUGAAAAUAAUCCUAACAGCGACAACAUAAACUAGUGUUUCGGUUUUUCUCAAAAAGUACAUUGGUUUUUUUGUUCCUAACCUUUUGUUCCUGUUUCUAAGAUCUCAUUAAAGUUAUGGUUUUUCUAUAGUUUGUCUUUUUCUUAAGAGCUAAAAGAUUUGGACGGCUAAGAUGGACCGGGAAGGAGAAUCCCACGGCGGAUCUUGUUACUACACUGUUCUCGGGAUUCGCAAGGACGCCUCCUUCUCCGAUAUCCGUGCUGCUUACCGUAAGCUUGCUCUGAAAUGGCACCCGGACAGAUACGUCACAAAUCCGGCGGUCGCCGGCGAAGCGAAACUCAGGUUUCAGCAAAUCCAAGAAGCUUAUUCCGUUCUCUCAAACGGGUCCAAGAGAUCAAUGUAUGACGCCAGUCUCUACGAUCCCUUGGAAGAUGAUGACCAAGACUUCUGUGACUUUAUGCAAGAGAUGAUCUCGAUGAUGAACAAUGUGAAAGACGAGGGGGUUAGUUUGGAGGAUCUGCAAAAGAUGUUCGCCGAUAUGGUCGGCAGCGGAGAUGGUAUGAGCUUCAACGUCAACACUGAUCUCACGGAGACGAAGAAGGCGCAUUUCACGGCAUCUAAGACUUAAGAACAAAUGUAAACGCGAGGUAGCCAUUAGCAUUCAACCUCCCUUUGUCUUAGGUAAUCCAAUGAGCUUGUAAGGCCUAAUUUCCUUCAUUAGAGAAAUAGAGGGUUUGUUUAGUUUUAGCCAAUUAGGACCUUGUGGAACUUGGGAAUUUCUGAACCUUUUUAAAAUAAUUUUAGAGAAAUCGGUGUGAUAAUUGGCAUUGGCAUCAA